CCGCCUUUUCCUUCCGCCCUGCGCCGGAAGUGGAGGGGCGGGGCGAGGGUGAGGCGUCGUAGUCAUAGCAACGGCGGCUGCGCGGCCCUGAGGCCAUUCUGCUGCGCUCUUCCUCCACGGCUGCAAUGGGUUCUGCGCUUUCUCUGUCUGCUGACAGCGCUGCCUCCAGGCGGAGGAGGAAGGCUGACGAGGAUGAUGAUGGUGAUGAUGAUUUACUCGACAGCCGAGACCGCAAUGAGGACAUUGCCAAAUUUCCAUACGUUGAAUUCACGGGUCAGGACAGCAUCACCUGCCCCACUUGCCAAGGCACUGGUUGCAUUCCCACAGAGCAGGUAAACGAGUUGGUGGCUUUGAUACCCUACAGCGACCAGAGGCUCCGUCCACAGAGGACGAAGCUCUAUGUCCUCCUGUCGGUGCUGCUCUGCCUUCUGAUCUCAGGGCUGGUCGUUUUCUUCCUCUUUCCACACUCUGUCCUGGUGGAUGAUGGCGGCAUUAAGGUGGUUCAGGUCUGGUUCGACAGGAAGAACUCCGUUGUCCUUCUUGCCAUCACGGCCACUUUGCAGAUCAGGAACUCCAACUUCUACUCAGUGACAGUGGACAGUCUGACCAGUCAGGUGCAGUACAUGAACACCGUGGUGGGCAGCCAGCAGAUCACCAACAUCUCCAGCAUCCAGCCACUAAGUGACAAGCUGGUGAAUUUCACGGUGAAGGCGGAGAUGGGAGGACCUUUCUCCUAUGUGUAUUUCUUCUGCACGUUUCCCAAGGUGAAGGUGCAUAAUAUAGUCAUCUUCAUGAGGACAUCGGUGAAGCUCUCCUACAUGGGCCGCAGGACGCAGAGCUCGGUGGAAACGUAUCACUACAUCGACUGCAGCACCAACUCCACGGCUGACCCGGCCCCCUCUGGGCACAGCCUGGCUCUGAGCAAAGCCUGAGCAAAGCCUGAGGUCGCUGCUGGGGGUGGUGAUGGUGCAGAUGGAUUUCCCUGGUGAAAUAUGAAACGUGUAGCUUAGAAAAGGAACUUUGCAAUGGAAGCAGAAGGACCGCGAGUGGCUUUAGGAGAGACUUGAAGGCUCUGGGUCCCUUUUGCGCUUUGCUGCCUGCAGCUGGGCUGCGUUGCUGGCCUGUCCCUGAUCUUGAUGUUCACUUUCAAGCCUCCAUGUCCCUUCCAAAGUGAGAGGCCUGACUUUUUCUUGAGCUCUUUAACUGUUUUUUUGUGUAGAAGAACUGAGGACUCGAGCUCUGUGCUUUGGGGUCCGAGGAUCUCAAGGACUUAGAUUUGAGUUUUGAAGUUUAGCACUGUCUGCUCCUUUCAGGGCAGGUUAACUGGUUCUGUGUGAUGUAUCCCAAUCUGGCUUGGUGGCAGCCUGUCGCUGGCAUCUUUCAGAGCAGAACUUGAUAAAAAGGGAUAAUUCUCUGCCGGGGACGCACAGAUGAGGUGUUCAGGCUUUCACCUUUGUAACUUGCACUAGUAGGAGGAAAGGGAAUUGAAACCACCACAAUGUUUUCUCCUUUGCUGGCAGCUGAGGCUGCCUCCAGCGACCCGAUACCAAAACACCGGUCUUAAUGAGGGCAGCCUCAUUAAGCAGGGUGCUGUUGGCGUGGGGAAGGGUCCCUGUGGCUUUGACCCCCUGAUCUACGCUGAAGCUGCUUCUUGGGCAUUCAGCAGCUGUGAGUUCCCUGGUGUUGAACCCGGGGAAGGUGCAGCUCAGUGCUGCUUUGUGUUUGCCGACCUGAACUGAUUGUGUUGAAGAUGGGGCAGUUUUGUGUUUCAAAGGCUCACCUCUCCGGAGCCGAUCGUUCCCAAAGGAUGGCAAAGCAAACAAACCUGCAGUCCAGCCUGCUGCAGUCCAGCCUGCUGCAGUCCAGCCUGCUGCAGUCCAGCCUGCUGCAGUCCAGCCUGCUGCAGUCCAGCCUGCUGCAGUCCAGCCUGCUGCAGUCCAGCCUGCUGCAGUCCAGCCUGCUGCAGUCCAGCCUGCUGCAGUCCAGCCUGCUGCAGUCCAGCCUGCUGCAGUCCAGCCUGCUGUGUUUGCAGCUUGGAGAACUUUGUUCUGCUUUUGCCCUUUUUGGUUUUUGUGGAACCAGGUCACUGCUGCCUCCCGUGUUUCCUCUGCGUGCGCCCUGUGCUGUUCUCCAUCCACCUCUAUGUGGAAACAAAGCGGCCAAAGCCUGCAGGGGAAAUGGCUCCGGUGCUUUGUCAAUGAAGGAGGCUUUCUUUUGUGCAAGCGUGAAAUAAAAAUGCCCUUUGUUUUUUAA